GAGCUAGCCGCCGGCGCCGCGAGGAGCCCGGGCGGGGCGGGUGGGCCGUGGCGGGGGCGGCCCCGCGCGGCGGGUUCGGCCGCUGCCCCGCGCCCUGCGCUCGCGUCCUCUCUCCCGCGCUGUCUGUCUCGCUCUGCGCCGCCCCGCGCGCUCUCCCUCGCUCGCUCGCUCGCUCGCUUUCUCCCCCUCUCGCGCCUCUCUCUGUCUCUGGCUCUCUGCCUGGCUCCCUUGGGUCUGCUUCUCGCUCCUGCCGCUCUCCCUGGCCGUUCCUGCCUUCGCUUCUGGCGCUCUCGGGGUCUCUGCCCCUCCCCGUCUGCCGAGCUUUCCUGGGGGGCGGAGGGGUGGCUCCUCCGAAAACCGUGGCGGCGCCGGGGGCUCCUAAGCCGCUCCGGGCGCCCGUUCCGGGGAAAGGGGGGGGAGCCCGGCCGGGCGGGGAGAGGAGGGGGGGGAGCCUUAGUCAUUUCCCCGCUCCAGCCUGCGCCCGCCCGAGCGCGCACUCACGGCCGCUCUCCCUCCUCGCUCCGCAGCCGCGGCCCAUGGAGCCCGCCGGCCCGGCCCCCGGCCGCCUCGGGCCGCUGCUCUGCCUGCUGCUCGCCGCGUCCUGCGCCGGGUCAGCGGCAGCACAGGAGAAGCUGCAGGUGACUCAGCCUGACCGGUGGGUGUCGGUGGCAGAGGGAGAAGCGGCCACUCUGCGCUGCACCAUAAACACCCUGCUGCCCGUGGGGCCCAUGAAGUGGUUCAGGGGGGCUGGGCCAGACCGGAAGAUGAUCUACAACUUCAAGGGAGACCAAGACCCCCGAGUCACAAACGUCUCAGACACCACAAAGCGAAACAACAUGGACUUUUCCAUCCGCAUUCGUGACAUCACCCCAGCUGACGCCGGCACCUACUACUGCGUCAAGUUCCAGAAGAAGGGUGCCGAUGACGAGGAGUUUAAGUCUGGAGGAGGCACGCAGGUGUCUGUGAGUGCCAAGCCCUCCACCCCGAAGGUGUCGGGGCCUGGGGCGAGGUCCACCCCGGAGCAGACAGUGGACUUCACGUGUGAGUCCCACGGCUUCUCCCCCCGCAACAUCAGCCUGAAAUGGUUCAAAAACGGGAACGAGCUCCCGGCCUUCCAGACCAGCGUGUACCCCGCGGGAGAAAGCGUCUCCUACAACGUCACCAGCACCGUCAAGGUGGCCCUGGCUUCCAGCGAUGUGCACUCCCAGGUCAUCUGCGAGGUGGCCCACAUCACCCUGCAGGGAGGCUCCCCUCUCCGUGGGACUGCCAACUUGUCUGAGACCAUCCGAGUUCCCCCCACUGUGGAGGUCACACAGCAGCCCAUGGGGGCAGGGACCCAGGUGAACGUCACCUGCCACGUGGACAAGUUCUACCCCCGGGACAUGCAGCUGAGCUGGCUGGAGAAUGGAAACGUGUCCCGGACAGAGACGGCUUGGACCCUGGUGGAGAACAAGGACGGGACCUACAACCGCACGAGCUGGCUCCUGGUGAACUCCUCCGCCCACAGGGAAGAUGUGGUGCUGUCCUGCCAGGUGGAGCAUGACGGGCAGCCAGCGGUCACCAGAAGCCACACCCUGCAGGUCUCUGCCCCGCCCAAGGAGCAGGGCACAGACACCAGCCUUGACCAGGCUGACAACUGGAAUGUCUUUAUCGUGGUGGGUGUGGUGUGCGCCCUGCUGGUGGUCCUGCUGAUGGCGGCUCUCUACCUCCUCCGACUCAGACAGAAGAAAGCCAAGGGCUCCACUUCUUCGACAAGGUUGCAUGAGCCCGAGAAGAACGCCAGAGAAAUAACCCAGAUCCAAGAUAGCAAUGACAUCAAUGACAUCACGUACGCAGACCUCAACCUGCCCAAGGGGAAGAAGGCCGCCCCACGGGCUGCCGAGCCCAACAACCACACAGAGUACGCCAGCAUUCAGAUUGGUCCUCCGCCUGCCACUGAGGACACCCUCACCUACGCCGACCUGGACAUGGUGCAUCUCAACCGCGCCCCCAAGCAGCCAACCCCCAAGCCCGAGCCAUCCUUCUCUGAGUACGCCAGUGUCCAGGUGCAGAGGAAGUGAAUGGGACUUCCGUCCGCUCGAGGGCCUGUCCCCGAGAGCUUUCUUGUCCCGCAUGGAGCAGCUGUGAUGGGGACAUCCAGCCCAGUUCCCAGAGGCGAGGCCCUGGGAUCCAGGGCCAGGGUGGCUCCUCUGUCCCCAGCCCCCUUGGCUCUCCAACACGUCCGGGGCUGCCACGGCCCCACUCCUGGCCACACACCUGGAGGCUGGUGUUGCUGAACCAGCCAGGAAACUGACCAGAGCUGCCUGGAGCCCACGCACUCUGGUGCCUCCGUCCACCCAGCGUUUGGGUCUGAGUCAUGGGUGAGGACCCUGGACUGCCUCCUGCGUCUUGGGAAGCCUGAUCUUCCAGGGUGAGGAAGACGAAACCCCACUUCCCACCGCCACCACCCCCAGCGGGGGCUCUGGGGAAAUCUUUCCCUUUAGAUCACACGGCCCCACCCAUGGAGAGGCUGGAACGAGACUUGGUGAGGUUGCUGCCAACACACCUGGCUCCCCUGGGUCCCUGGGCUGCUGAGCCACAUGCCCUGGGGGGAGGAGGGGACCCUUGAGGAUCACCCCAGCCCCCUAAAGGACCUCAAGACAAAACCCCCCUCUUCCUGGGGCUCCUCCUCACCUCCUUGGGGACCCGUGGUCCCACCCCUCCUCUCUAGACCCGAGCUUGCUCCUGCCAGCUAGCACUAACUCAGCAACAUCUCGCUAGGGACGCCUGUAAAUUACUGAGAAAUGUGAAACGUGCAAUUUUGAACCUGAGCUGUUAGAAAACUUGAUCUGUGCUGUUUCGUUUUGUUUUUUUUUUUUUUUUUCCUUUCUUUCUUAAAACAGGAGCAGCGUUCUCUUGGCUCUUUGUCAUGUGCUGAAGUCCAUGGUUGGGUCUUGUGACGUCUGAGGUGUAACCGUUUGUUGUCCUGGAAGGGUUUUCUGACAGCAGAGAAACGGAGCACCUCCCAAGCGCCAGAGCCCCGGGCAGCAGGCGGAAGCGCUGGCGUGGCUGCUCCGUGGACUUGGCCGUGACCGGGCCGAGCCACGUGGCUGGUGCUGCUGCCUUCUGUGGCCCCACUGUGGUCAAUCCAGUCGGCCCAGAGGGUGUCCAGACCACCUCUGUGACGGUGCAGUCUUGGCCAGAGCUGUUGCCCCAGUCUGUUCCCCUGUGGAGAGGGGAGAGGGACAUUGCUGCCCUCCUGGCCAUCUCUCACAUGCACUUUAGGGACACAGGCUGGCUGUCUGCCCCUCUCCCCCAGCACCUUCCCUUUACUGCUCUCCGAGUGGAUUCCUAAAGGCGGAAUCUUCCAUGUCUGCUCUCAAACCCUGUAGGGAUCAAACUGGAGUAGAUCCUGGCCACCCCCAGGACGGUGCUGCUGAGAGCCGGGGCCGAGCCAUGUCCAAGGAGGUGGGGCAGAGGCCACGCCCUCUCACCUACUGGCCCUGCCCAUUGGGUGUGAGGCCUGGCUGGGCCCAGAGCACGCAGUGUUGGCCCCGUUCAUUCGGUCUUAGAUGCUAAGGUUCACAGCCGCUGCAGCGGGAUGCCCAGGAUUCUGGGCUCAGGCUGUCAGAGCGAGAAGCCGAAGCUGCCCUGUCCGCUCCUGCAGGUGCUACGGGUGGCGCACAGCACAGACCCAGCUCAUGGGGGAGGCGGGGGUGGUCUGGUGUGUGCCGAGCCGACAGGUCAUGUGGGCAGCUUCUGCUCACACAGGCCAGAGCUUGGUGGCCUCAAGUAGCCACGGGGGCCCAGGCACCUGCUUAGGCCAUUUCCAGCCUCCACAGAGUUGGCUGUUUAAACUGUCUUCUUCCUCCUUCCUGCCUAUAGACAGCACACAGGUGUACACACGCAGACAGGAUUUUCUGGGAAUGUUUUCUUGGUGCCAUUUUCAUUUUGUAUAAUUUUAAUUUUCGGAAGAGGAAGGAAGGGAAGGAGGUCGAGGAAGACGGAUGGCCAUAGCUUCCGCCUAGCAGCCUGGCCGUGCCCCACACCUUGUGUAUGGAACCCCAGGAAAAGGAAGAGACUGGAAGAGCGCUGCGGAAGAAGCGUGGUUUUGGGAGUUUAUUUUGAGACCGCUGGGAAGGAAACAGGCCCCGUUUUGUAUAUAGUUGCAACUUAAACUUUUUGGCUUGCAAAAUAUUUUUGUAAUAAAGAUUUCUGGGUAACAGGGA